AUGGACGUCGUCUUCGCCGCAACAGAGGCAUACAUCGGACCGAGAGCGCUGACCACAAUCGCAAGCGAAUGGGGUAUUGAGGCGGCGGCUGAGCCGGGUGGUGAAGUCGACCCUGGCUUAUUACAAUUCAAGAGGAUACAGUCGGGCGAUGCCCUCCCAGCAGAGUUGAGGCGGCAAGCACCCUGGAAGUGGAAUAUCACCACCACACACAAGAUUAUGAAGACAGACGAAUUUGGCUCCGAUAAUGCCGCACCCAGUCCACACGCGCUACAAAGCACGCCGGUACCACUGGAAGAGGCAGCUCAGUCCUUCGUCCGGGCCCUCAUCGGCGCAUUGCACGUACACCUUGGCUCCCCACUUGUCAAGCGCUUCUUCCGCGACCACUUCCUCAGCCGACAUCUCGACAUCAGCACAAUCUUCGAUUUCCGAAUGCCGACACGCGAUCUCUCACGGUUAUGCGCACGAGAAGGCUUCGAGCCACCGGUCGCCCGAUUGAUCUCAGAAACCGGUCGCUUGAGCAGACAUCCUGUCUUCGUGGUUGGUGUGUACAGCGGGAAGGACAAGCUGGGAGAGGGAUCAGGCAGCUCAUUAGACGAGGCCAAGACAAGAGCAGCGGCAGCAGCAUUGAAGGCGUGGUACCUCUACAAGCCGGUCGAGGUCACCGUCCCAAGCAGCAUGGAAGGCGAGUUGGAUACAAGCAAGUGGCGGCCGAACCACGUCGACCACGGAGAGGUCAUUGUGUAA